UUUAAAACAGCUAUAACGAUUGAUCGUGUUGAUUAUUGUACGUGAAUAAAUAUCAAGUUUCUGCACUCCUAAAAGAAUUUUAUCUAAGGUCUGAGCUAAAUGGUAAUUGAUUAAUAAUGAAGGCGGCAAAAAGACCAAAAUCAUAUCGGCUAGAAUGAUGUGAAUCGAAGGUGGAUCAAUUAAUUGCUUUAGUAUCCUUAUUCAUUGGUAUUGAUCUACUGCUAUCCUCUAGUCUUCUCAUCAAUAUCUCUAGUCAUUUCUUCAACUGUAUCGCAUCCAUAUCGUUGCGGAGCCCGGGCUACGCCUGCUUGUCAUUAAUACAACGUUCGGAGAGGAGAAACAGAAUAUUGAACGAUGAGCGAUCCGGUUGCGGCCCUUCCACCCGAAUUGGUGGAAAAGAUUCUGUCUCCUCUAACUCUGCCAGAUCUGCUAAAUUGCAGUCUGGUAUCGAAGCUGUGGCACAAUACCACAAACAACAACAACAUUCUGUGGAAAAACUUGUGCAUCAGCAGAGGAUGGAAGAGCUGCCAUGAAUUUGACGACUGCAUUAACAAUUUCCUGAGCUUCGAUGCCAAAGACAGGCAGCAAAUGGAGGGGUUUGCAGAAUGGAAAAAGUAUUUUAUUCUUAAAAAUAGAGUUAAAGACAACUGGAUGAACGGAAAGUACAGAAAGGUGGAAACAGCUGUUCCACCAGACGUUUGUGAGGGGUCAUGCUACACCAUGUCAACCAGCACUGUGGCUGUAGGCACCUUCAACGGACUUGUCAAACUUUUUGAUAUAAGAAACGAUGAUUUCCGGCUCAUCCAAACCAUUCAAUUUAAAAACCCCUACUCUUUCAGUGACAUCAGAUUAUCUUCCGAGCACCUAGUUUUCUGCGAUGAGUUUCACCUGUUCGUAUACAAGCUAAACGAAAGUGGAACCUACACUUUUUGUACAAUGAAAGUGAUCGGUGAAAAAGAAGUACUGACCAUUACAGAUGCGUCCAAUUUGGUUGGAGAUCGUGAUGCAGAUAGUAGUGACAACUUGGGUGGGCCGUGUCGAGCGCAUGAUAUUAAAGGCUUGGAGUUUUGUCUGAAUGAUGAUUUUCUGGUUGCUGUCAAUCUUCUGUCACGAGGAAUUCUAGUUUGGGACCUACAAGAGUCACCAUUGCUUGAGAUUGAGCACGUGUUUGAGCGCGGCGAGGGCACCGCCAUCAACUCCUUCUGCCUCAUGGAUGACCAGCUCAGUGCCUCCUUCAUCAUCAACACCAAAACCAACGAUCACGUCACCGACAUCGAAGAAUACCAUUGGUUUUUUGAGGCAUACUCCUUGAAACACAACUCCCGAAUGUACCGCAGUGAAACAUUAUAUGAAGGCACCUCACCAAUGGCUGCCUACAUAGAAACAAAUAACUCCUACACUGUCAACGGUAUAUUCUAUCAUGAAUCUUCCACAAUCCACAUCUAUUUUUUCGAUAGAACUACUGGAAGACUCAUUUACCAAAGGUUUGCCGAUUUCGUGGAUAUUACAGCUUAUCCGGAAAACACCGACUUCGUAGCGAUUCUUAAAAAUGAGUUCAUGAUAAUGUAUAACCCAAAAACAGACUGCACUCUGUAUACUAUUGAAUUGCAGGGUAUGUUUACAAACAUUUAUAAUUAUGUAUUAGUAACACUAUGCGAAGAACAUGACAAUGUUGGAAAGACUAGGUCAAAGUUGGAGUUCUGGCGGUUGAAAAAUGCCCAGCCAACUGAUGACUACAUUCAUAUGACUGUCUUACCGCAGUAUCAUAAUUGUCACGUUGCUUGCAAUGACUCAGGUAUUCUUUUUCGUGGACCUGGAUCUCUUUUUCUAAUACAUUUUGUUGUUUAGAUGAACUUGAAGUUAUGACUACCUAACUCAUCCAGAAGCAGAAGCAAUCUUUAUUUUGUAUCUUAAUACCGUAUCACAAAGUUUGGCAAAAGAAACAAACUUACAAACAAAAACAAACUUCUUUGACCAAGAAAUUGGAAUAAUCUGUAAUAUUUUAUAAGUAUUUUUUUACAUUUUCUCUUUUUCUAAUAUAUUUUUUAGUUUAGAUGGACUUGAAGUUAUGCCUACUAACUCAAGCAGAAUCAAUCGUUAUAUUCUGUAUUUUAAUACCGUAGGCUAUCACAAAGUUUGAAAAAACAAACUUAAACAUACAAAAAAAAACUUCUUUGAGCAAGAAAUUGAGAAAUUGAAAUAAUUUGUUAUUUUAUAAAUAAUUUUUAAACAUUUUCUCUUUUUCUUAUACAUUUUGUAGUUCAGAUGAACUUGAAGUCACUACUAACUCAUGCAGAAGCAAUCGUUAUUUUGAAUUUUAAUACCAUCUCACAAAGUUUGAAAAAAACAAACUUAAACAUACGAAAACUAAAUUCUUUGAGCAAGAAAUUGAGGAAUUGAAAUAAUUUGUAAUUUGUAAAGUAUUUUUUUCUCUUUUUCUGGUAUAUUUUGAUUGUUUAGAUGAACUUGAAGUGACUACCGUACUAACACAUGCAGAAGCAAUCUUUAUUUUGUAUUUUAAUACCGUAUCACAAAAUUUGAACAAAAAAAAAACAAAAAACUUGAAUCAAACACAAAAAAAUUAAGCAAGAAAUUGAAAAAUUGAAAUAAUUUGUAAUUUUUUACUCUUUUUAUGGUUCUCAAUAAUCAUUUGUAUUUACCAGAAGAUGUGAGAAAUAAGCUAAAAUAUAACAUAAAUAAGAUUACUGUAAGAGUGGAAUAAUGAAAGAUAACUCAACAUUUGAAAUAAAUGUAUUAUUUGAUGUA